GAUCCUUCAGAGCAAUCAAAGUUGUAUAAAUACUCAGUGAGCGUCUGUCAGUGUUGACUUACCGUAACAUCACCAGAGGAUCUCUAAGGUGUAUUGUCAGCAGAUCACCAUGAAGGUUGUCGCAGUAAUCCUGGCUCUAGCAGUCCUCUCAGGCUGUCAUGCAUGGGUGCUACCCAUGCAGGAUGAGCCCCAAACUCCCUGGGAAAAGACAAUUGACCAGUUUAAGGACUACAUGACAGAUCUGAACACCAAGGCUGAUGAGAAGGUGAAGAACAUCAGGGCCUCCCAUCUCAGCAGAGAACUGGAUACCCUGAUCACAGACACCAUGUCUGAGCUGAAUAUGUACAGUGAUGAUAUGAAGACCAAACUGGGACCUCUCGCUAAGGACGCCGCUGAACGUCUGGGCAAGGAAGUGCAGCUCCUUGUUAACAAGUUGCAGGCUCACAUGACUGAAGCUAAAGACCGUACCACAGUGUACACCCUGGAACUCCAGACCAUGUUGGAGCAGAAUGCCAAUGACGUCAGUCACAGGGUCAACACCUAUAGCCGCAAGCUGAACAAGCGCCUGAGCAAAGACACCCAGGAGAUUUGCAGCAAAGUGACCACCUAUUUCGAGGAGUUGCAGUCUCGAACCACCUCUGGCGUGGAAUCCGUGAUGGAUCGUGUUGAGCCUUACUAUGUCCAGAUCCGUGAGCGCGCUGAGGAUAAGAUGGCUACCAUCAGCAAGCUGCUGGCGACCCAGGCUGAAAAGGUGAAGGACAAGCUUGAGUCCCGGGCUGAGGAGGUCCGCAAGCAGCUGGAGAAGACCACCGAGAACCUCCGCAGCAGCCUCAAGGACAAGACGGAGGAACUGCGCACCUGGUUCAACCCUUACGGCCUCAUAAUCCGUGAUAAGGCUAAGGCCAUCAUGGAGACCAUGUAAAUCAACAUACCACCAUACAGGCUUAGGGUGGCGGUCUAGUUCACGCACUAUGUCACAUAUUUCACCCAAGUUAAAAAAUAUUUUAAAAAAGGGAAGGGAAGUUGCCUUUCAGAAACCAUUUAGUUUGUCACUCCAUUCAUAAACAAGACAUAAUGCAUAUUUGGCUGAGCACAGAGCUUUUCAGACUUGUAACAGGUUUCCAAGAUCAACCAAACAAAUCUACUUGUGUUAAUAUCCUCUCUCCCUCAUUGUCAUCCACCUCUACAAAAGGCAGCUUUUCCAAGGCCUAGCUGAUAAAGUUCACUGAAAUGCAUACUCUAGCCAUUACUGCUUAACAUCAAAAUGUAUAUUAGCGGUACAGAACAGUUGUGGUAGGGGAAUUGUAUAAAGGGCUUUGUGAGUAAGUAAUAAUAAAAAAACAUACAUUGGUGAAAGUCUGUCAAUCCAAUAAAAACAUCUAUACUAAUCUGUGAAUUGUUAUUGUUAUUUUAAUUUUGUUUCUGGUGUCCUUUGACAGCUCUUUGGUCUUGGCCAUAGUGGAGUUUGGAGUGUGACUGUUUGAGGUUGUGGACAGGUGUAUUUUUAUACUGAUAACAAGUUCAAACAGGUGUCAUUAAUACAGGUAACGAGUGGAGGACAGAGGAGCCUCUUAAAGAAGUUACAGGUCUGUGAGAGCCAGAAAUCUUGCUUGUUUGUUGGUGACCAAAUACUUAUUUUCCACCAUAAUUUUAAAAUAAAUUCAUUAAAAAUCCUACAAUGUGA